CAUACCAAAAAUCAAUAGCCCGUCAUCAGCAUCGUCUCCGCGUACUUCUUCUUAGAUUUUCUUUGUUAGAUUGCCCAGUCCUGUACUUCAGGAACUAGGGAUAGAUGGGGACGGAGGCAAACACAGCAGAGCAGACGUCAACUGAAACGACGCCGGAGCAUGUGGACGCCUUGCUUGAGGCUGCUAGAUACGAUGAUCUCGACGACGUCGUUAGCUUAGCCGCCGCCGGUGUUCCUCUUGAUUCCAAGGACUCACUUGGCCGAACAGCCCUUCAUAUGGCUGCAGCUAAUGGGCAUCUUGACAUCAUAGAAUAUCUUAUCAACAGAGGAGUGGACCUUAAUGCUUUCAAUGAGGAGAAGAAUACAGCUCUUCAUUGGGCUUGCCUCAAUGGGCAUAUUGAGGCGGUUAAGAAACUGAUCUUGGCAGGAGCAAAUGUGAGUGUAUUAAACAGCUAUGAGAGGACACCAAUGGAUGAAGCAGUUAGUCGGGAUAAGGUGGAUGUCAUUGAUGCGAUUAAUGCAGCGGUGGCACAAGUAGAACUUACUGGUAUGAGGGUUUCCUAAUGUUCGACUUUCCUAAUUGAAGUCAGAGUUCCGAAAGAUUUUUGUUAAAAGAUUUUAUUAUGUUUUUCUCUUAUAAAUUACAAGCUUGUAAUGUGAAAUUUUUGUUCAAAGCUGUUGAGUCUCUCCUGGCUCUUUGCAUAUUACUGAUUUAGUAGUCUUUCCAACUUUCAUACAUCCAAACUCAUUACUUGUGCUUCGAUACCUAGGAAGUUGAAAACCUAAUAUUGUUUCUUC